AUGGUUAUUGCAAUUCGUUGGUUCCUAAUUAUGUGGAGGACAAAUAAAUCCGAUAUUUUAUACCCUUUGGCAUGUAUUUCACCAAAGGGAUGUUAUAAUAGGAAAAGGAAAGUUCAUUAUCCAAGCAAUAUAGAUUUGUCACCAGUGGAAAUCCCAAGGGAGAAGAAGCUUCAUUUGUUGGAGAAUGGUGCUUCAGUUGAAAAAAUUAGCAGCAACUUAGAACAUGAAAAACCAAGUGUAGAAGAAUCAACUAUUUUACCAACAAAAAACAACAAUCAGGCUCAUGUGACAAGGGAACGAGCAUUGAGAAAUUGGGUCUUUGAUGAAACUGCUGGAAACAUUCAUAGGGAGUUUGGAUCUGGCUAUCCUGGAGAUCCGUGA